AUGACAUCUCUCCGCCCCGUGGCCUUUCUUCACCUGGCCCGACGUGCUCCCCGCUCAACACCGGCAUUGCUGUCCUCGCGCACCAUGGCAUCGUACCGCCAGGCCAAAGACUGGAGCGCAGACCAGUAUCUCAAGUUCGCCGAAGAGCGCACACGUCCGGCGCGCGACCUCCUGGCCCAGAUCCGCGCAGAAGCGCCGCAGCGCGUCGUCGACCUGGGAUGCGGCCCUGGCAACUCGACCCAAGUGCUUGCAGAUCGCUGGCCCAAUGCGCACAUCACCGGCAUGGACUCGUCGCCGGACAUGGUCGACAAGGCGCGCAAGACGCUGCCGCAGCUCGACUUUGAGCUGGGCGAUCUGGCGACGUGGACGCCGCCGUCUGGCAGUCCGGUCGACGUGUACUUCUCCAACGCCGUGUUCCAGUGGAUGCCCUCGGACCAGCGACUCCCCCUGAUCAGCCGUCUGAUCCAGACGCAGGCCUCCGGCGGCGUCUUUGCCUUCCAGGUGCCUGACAACUUCCUCGAGCCUUCGCACGCGAUGAUGCGAGAGACUGCUGCAGACGGCGGGCCCUGGACAGCCGUGCUCAAGGACCGCCAGCCGGCGCUGGCCAAGUUCCAGUCGGCCCAGGACAUCUACAACCACUUGAGCCCGCUGUGCGCGAGCCUCAACAUCUGGCACACCCAUUACUACCACAUCCUGGACAGCCACGAGGCCGUGGUGGAGUGGGUAAAGGGGACGGGCUUGCGGCCGUUCAUCGACCCGCUGUCCGACGAGGACCGCCAGGCAUUCGUGGCCAGCUAUCUAGCGAGGCUGCAGAGCGUGUAUCCGACGUGCGUGGAUGGGAAGGUGAUUUUGAAGUAUCCAAGGCUCCAGAAGACGGCGGAGGUCGCCGAUGCGCAGGACUUGCACGAGAAAAGCCUCCAGGCGCAUUCGGUCGCUGAAGAACCAGAGCGUAAUGGCAGUCAAGAUCCUCAGGAGGAGCAGCAGCAAAAGCAAGACCAGGGCAGAGCGCAUGGGUUUCUGCAGUACAUUCGCACCAGAGACUUUUGGCUGGUCCUGCUUCUAGGCCAGGUCAUCGCCCUCGCUGAUAUCAGCUCGUCCACCUUCUCGAGCCUGCUCUCCUACAAAGGCACCAGCAUCCCCGCCUUCCAGACGCUCUGGAACUACGUCCUGCUGAACAUUGUCUACACGGGCAUCACUAUCUACAAGUACGGCUUCAAGAAGUGGUUCAAAAUGCUAUACACCGACUGCUGGAAGUACUUCAUCUUGUCCUUUCUCGACGUCGAGGGCAACUACUUCAUGGUGCUGGCCUACCGCUACACCUCGCUGCUCAGCGCCGAGCUGUUCAGCUUCUGGACCAUCAUCUGCGUCGUCUUCAUCUCUGCCGUGUUCCUGCGCAGGCGAUACCACAUUACCCAGUAUCUCGGCAUCUUCGUUGCUUGCGGUGGUCUCGGUAUGCUGAUCGCCUCCGAUCAUCUGCGCGGCGCAAACUAUCCGGCUGAGGACCAGCUUAAGGGCGACCUGUUCGCCCUGCUCGCCAGCACCAUCUACGCUUUCAGCAACCUGUUUGAAGAGUUUAUGGUCUCCAAACGCCCCAUGUACGAGGUCAUCGGCCAGAUGGGCUUCUGGGGUAUGCUGAUCAACGGCGUCCAAUGCGCCAUUUUUGACCGCUCGUCCUUCCAUGGCGCCACCUGGGACAGCCAGGUCGGUGGAUAUAUCGCCGGUUAUACCAUUGUCUUGUUCAUCUUCUACACCCUUGCCCCUAUUAUGCUGCGCAUCUCGUCUGCCACUUUCUUCAACAUUUCGCUGCUGACAAUGAACUUUUGGGGCUUAAUCAUCGGUAUCCAGGUGUUCCACUAUACCGUGCAGUUCCUCUACCCGAUAGCCUUUGUGCUCAUCGUCCUCGGUCUGUUUAUCUAUUUCGUCAAGGAGGGCUCCUUGGGCGAGUCGACUAAGCCGUGGCUGGGCAACAACCAGGAACGCGGUAUAGACGGCGUGGGAACUGGCCGGCGAGCCCAGGCAACAGGGCAUGCCAUAGUCUAG